AUGUUCUUCUUCUUCGUCUGUGGCGAACACACCUUUCGCAAGGAGCUCCCGGGCUAUGAGGGAGUCAUAGCCCAAUGCCACCACUGCGGUAACAUGUCCGGCCACGUCCUCCACCGACGGCCCUUCUUCACCUUCUGCUUCGUGCCCAUCAUCCCAUUCACCAUCAGUGGGUACAAGGACAUCGUCUGCCACAUCUGCAACCACGCCCAGCCCCUGGAAGCCCGCCCAGACGUCCAGGCCAUGGCCAACGGCGGUGCAGGACCCGGAGGCCCGCUGCCCCAGGGCCCGCCUCCCAACCAGCAGUAUCAGCAGGGCCCUCCACAGCCCGACUACCAGUACAAGCAGCAGUCCGCGCCUGGGCCGCCGCAGUACCGCUGA